AACCACUCGACGCCUCUCGUUGUACAACAAAAAAUAGCGCCACCAUUGACAGAGCGACGCGCGUAAAGAUGUUAAGCAGCCAAGGUCACUGACUGGACGCGAGUCGGAACGCGACGAUAACGAAGCAAAUAAAAAAUAUAAAAAAGACGGGACGGAGGGGCAAGAGGGUUGGUUUUAUCGGCGUUCCGUUUCCAUGAAACUUCCCGUUGCAUAUUUGUCACUGUUCGCGAUACUCCCGAGUAAAGGUUUAGAGAGGUCAGAUACCGAGACGAAUCGUUCUUUCUGUUUUGUGCCGAACGCUCCACGGAACGGAAAGCGUUACGAGCAUUCGCUGAGUGAACCGCUCGGCAGCCGCUACUCGCAUUACUCACUCGUGGACACCAAGGCCAGAUGAAAGCGCUUGGAAGAAAAUACCACACGCUGUGGGCAAUUGUGGGUCUCCUGACGUCCCUACUACUCUGGCUGCAUCAACUGUCGGUGGGCAACGUGGAUCCAGACGCCGAAAGGAGCGUGACGGAGAUAAUCGCCGACAAGGGCUACCUGGUGCAAGAGUUCGUGGUGACCACGCGCGACGGAUAUGUGCUGCCCCUGCAGAGGAUCCCUUACGGUCGAGAUGAGCUCCGGUCAUCGUCCUCGUCGCCUCCCCGUCGCUUCCAGCCGCGGCCGCCAGUGAUACUCAUGCACGCACUUCUUUUCUCGUCCAGCGUGUGGGUAGUCAACGGGCCCGAACAGAGCUUGCCCUAUGUAUUGGCGGACGCUGGUUUUGACGUGUGGCUGGGUAACAUGAGGGGAAACAGCCAGUCCGGACACGUCAACUACACGUGGUACCAGAAAGAGAUGUGGGAUUUCAGUCUGGAUGAAAUCAGUGAAUUCGACGUGGCAGACACGAUCGACUUCGUGCUUAACGUCACUGGUCACAACAAGACUCUCUUCGUCGGGCAUUCCCUGGGCGCAGCAACGCUGUUAGGCUUACUUUCCGAGAAGCCGGAGUACAACAACAAGAUAUUGCUGUUUUCAGCUAUGGCACCGGCGAUACGCCUCCAUAACAUGACGUCACCAAUUUAUCGCAUCCUGCCCAUCCUGGACGAGCUGGCGGCAUUUUCAGCGCUGUUCGGCAGGUACGACUUCCUCUCCCACGACCGAAUCAUCGACUUCAUCAUGACAACCAUGUGCCGCUACCGUGUGACACGGGCCAUUUGUCCGUGGAUCGUUAAUCUUAUUUCCGGCCAGCAGACCCGACCAAUUAAUGCGACUCGCAUGCCCGUCUUUCUAAAGGACACUCCUGCGGGGACAUCCUUCAAGAAUAUGAAGCACAUGGGUCAGGUCUUCACAACGAGGCGUUUUAGAAAGUUUGACUACGGAGAACAGCGCAACAAAGAAGUGUAUGGUAAGGCGACGCCCCCGGAGUACGACUUUCGGCGCGUGUCGGCGCCUGUGGCCCUGUUUUGGAGCCAAGCGGACGCCCUGGUUUCGGCCGAGCACAUGUCUACCUUGCGGGACAACCUGCCCAACCUGGUGCUCGACUUCCGGGUGGCGGACGAUCGCUUCAGCCACCAGGAGUUUGCCAUCGGCGUCACCGCCAAGGAAGCCGUGUACAAUGACUUGGUGGACGUGAUGAAGCGUUUCUCCGGACAGGCUUAGGAAAUGACACGUGCAUACGAACGGUUCGACAAGUAGACCCGGAACACUUGAUUCUCUCUGACUGCGGUCGUCGUUACUCGAGGCGAAUGAUAUCAACGCUAUCGCUGUUAGAUUGCAAUCGGCUUCAAAAAGUUAUUUGGCCCAUGGCCAAACGAGUACCAUGCAAAAGGGUCUUAAACGGACACUCAAGAUCAAAAUGGUUUAGUUCUGUUAAACACUACCCUCGUAAAAUAGCAGAAUAGCCACUCCGACCAUGUGAGGUGGCUUUAUGAGUCAGAAAAGAAGCAAAAAAAAAAAAAAGACAACCCUUCCACUCUGUGAAGAUGGAAUGGCAGUGAAAGCUGACGACAGUCAAAGCUAUCAAACGAAACGCAAAGUGUUUUCGCUGCCAAUCCAUCUUUACGGAGUGGAAUGGUUGCCCGGGCUCGCGAUUGUCGUUUUCGUUCAGCAUCGCGGGAACGUUCUUCGUCGGUUGUCGUUUAGCGCAGGCGCCCUUUACAUUCUCGUUGCUCCUCCCUCCGGCGCUCCUCGUACGCAUGUUGUUCUUCGGGUGCACGAACUAUACGCAUCCGCUCCAUCGAUGACGCAGCUGUUCUUAGCGCCGAUACCUCUCCUGCUUAUAUACCGCGAUAACCUUGACGUCAGGCUAUUUUUCACGGCGAGUGUUCUAAUCUGUUCUGCAUUUUGACAUCUGCGCCGCCGCGCUGCACCCGUACGUGAUCACACACAACGCAAACAAUGAAACCCAUUGUUUAUUUGUUUGUUAGAUAUCGCUAAGUCAGUUUCUGUUGCCGGACGCCGAAAAAAAGAAACUACGGAAGGUUAGUCAUAUACAGCUUUCGCUGUAAAAAGAAAAAGGAAA